GACAGAGGGAUGGAGGCGUUCAGGAGCAUCCUGGCGCUCCAUGAAGGCCAGACUUUGGAGGCGCACGUGCAGCAUUUAUACCCUGAUGCGUUCAAUGGAACCUCCUAUUGGCUGGAAGAAGAGCUGGUGGGGUGUCUGAUGGGAAUUGAAGAGACUCUGGUCCUCGUGCUCCUGCAGGAGUUUCCUUCAUAAAGUCUGCUGAUGGAGACCUCCUCCUCUGCUGUGCAGACACAGCUGCACUGCUGCCAGUCUCUGCUGCAUGCGCUGCACACCCAUGUCUAACAAAAGCCACGUUCUGUCUCUUGUGCUUCCCCUGACCAGCUUCGGCAAUGUGUUGAUUUUCCUGUUCAACAUCUUCCUGGCUACGGCGAUCACCUGCCUGAACGUGUCUGUGUUUGUGUCCAUCCUCCUCAGCAGGGCGCUGCGCGGGGAGAACCGCUUCAUGUACAUGCUGAGCACCUGUCUCAGCGACACCUGCAUAGGGGUUUCCUAUUACUACGUCGGGGUGUUUGAUGUGAAUGAGAGUCCCAACUCCCCCACCAGAACAUUUUACACCAUCCCCACCUUCCAGGGCAUCUCCUUCAUGGCCAUCCUGGCCGCUCAGGCUGACAGGUACCACGCUGUGGUCUCACCUUUCAAAUACUCUCUGCGCAUGACCCGAAACAGAACCCUGAUGGUCAUCUGCUCCUACUGGAUCUACGCCUUCUUCAUCGUCGCUCUGCAUAACUUGCUUCCUUCUCAGAGUGCCAGACAGAUCACUAAUUUUGGUGGUUUGGCAGGGAACGUCCUGGCAGUCAUCUUCAUGAUAGGUUUCAACAUCAGACUGUUUAUUAUAGCCAAGAACCAGCUGGGGAAAGAGGCGCCCUCUGAUGAGAGGGACAGCAAACGCUCCUCUGUGUACCUCAUUCUGGUGGUGGCUGUGUUCUUCAUAGGAACCUGGGUUCCUUUUUUCUGUGGGGUUGUUAUUUGUUUAUUACUUAACAUCCAGUCCUGCUCCUUCAAGAACGAGGGCACGGAUCCUUUUCGCAUUUUACCCCGAGUGAACGCAGCUCUCACCCCCAUCCUGUACAUCAAAGGCUGCGCGGCGCUCAAAGCCUCGCUGUACUCCACUGUGUGCAGGGCCUGCUCUCAGAGGAGGUGAUGCACAGACAACACCAAGACAUACUUUUGAUUCAGGCCUAAUCUAUUCCUCUAAAAUAAUAUGCAUUAUUGUUUCAUCCUCUCUAAUAAACAACAAAUCCCAUCUUAAUUUAGCUGUUUAAUUAAUCAUUUUAUGAGUGUUCAUGAAGUAGACUUUCUUAUUUUUGUUUAAUUUAGUUACAAAGACUUGAAAAGUGUAUCGAACUUUAGUGAUGAAGGUUGUUUUAUUCAUUCACCAACUUGAGAACUGAAACUGUGUCGCACUAUUCGCUUUAAGCUUAUUUGAUUUACAUCAUAAUUUUGACAGGCUGCUGCUCUCUCCUCUAAUGAUUCUUUCUUCUAAAAAACCUCAAACCACUAAAUGAAAGUGAAAAUAACUUUAAUUGCUUGAGCAUCCACUUGUCUUAACUCGAUAUCCCUUUUGGGUCCCAUGGUUGCUGGAGCCUAUCCCAGCUACUGUUAAGAAAAGGCAAGGUAAACCCUGUAUACGUCGCUAGGGCUACUUUUAUGUUAAAAAUGAGAAACAGAGCAUUAGGAAAUGUCAUAAUAACAUGAUCAUUUAAUUACAUUAUGAUAAAAAAUAAUCAAUAAAAGAAAAUUGUGUUUGAAAGAAUUAUUAGUGUUGCUUGAUUUGUUGAAAAUAAGUGUAUUUGCAGAGGUGUGCAUGCACAAGUUAUUUUAUUGUAAAUGCAGAAAUUUGGAUAAAAUGUCUGAAUAUAUAUAAUUCCUUUAACCAUGUUUUUUGAGAAAGUAUAUUUUCAUUUAUUCGAAGUCUUUGCGAGUUUAAAGCACAUUAUCCUAGUUUGUACUAAUGUUUCUAAUGUUUUCUUUUACUUGUAUUGUCAGUUUUUAAUUGAUAGAAUUGUUAGACAUCGUGUUGGAUUUUUUUUUGUGUAUGAGGGAAAUUUGUUGCUCCAAAAAACAGGCAGAAUAGUAUAACUGAUUGUAAUUUUCGGAUGCAUCUUGAGUCUGUUUCCUCUUUGCUGCAAGUAAAACGCUAAAAGAAAGGUUUUUGAUUUUGGAGUUUUACUUAAUCCUUUUGUGCGUUGAGAAAAGUGGGAAUGACUAACAGCAAGUCGGAUUUCAAAAAAGUUUCCAGAUAUAACCGUCCGUUCUUGUAGCUCCAACUUUCUUUUAUUCAGUUUUGCAUCUCAUCGUUUUUUUAGCAUAUUUUGUCAGGACUUUUACAAACAAUCUUUUUCCUUUAACACCACCACGAAGCAGCUAAAAGUAAAAAAAAAAAACAACUUUUUUUUAGCCCUUUAACACCUGAGCUCCAGUGUUUACAUUCUUUGAUUUACUAUAACUUUUCAACCAGUAAGCCGCUUUUCUCCUUCAAAAUCUACUUGAUCGUGUUACCAGUUGAAAGGUUACUGUACGAUUCGAUGGCAGGUUAAUAGGAAAACAUGUAGGACAAUCACCUGGUUAAAACACAUGGACAUCUGGUUUGGAGAAAAAAAAUGACAAUAAUAACUAAUUUAAUAAGUUAAACCAAAAAAAAAAACAGUCAAUAAAAAGUACCAUGAUAAUUAUAUUUAGAAUCAGCAAUGUUUCAAACAUCUUUUACAACGUUUAAUAGUUAAGUUACUGCAAACAUUGACAACUAUGUUUUCUUUUCUUAUCUGUCAUGUAAUUUUAUGUCAGAAACUGGACUUAAAAAGUAGGAGAAUGGGCUUAAUGGUAGAAAAUUAAACAUUUAAUAAGAAAAAAAAAAUAAA